AAGGAAAGUAUUUCUUUUUGAAAUAAACUGACAAUAGUGAGCUCUAGUUGAUGAAUAAAUAAAUAGUGUUUGCAGUUUUGGCUUGGCCCAAUAAAGAAACACUGAGGUUAAGUUGCAUUCUUAUGAUAAAAAAGAGUCAACUCGACCAAUUUGAAAGAAGAUUUUACUAGCCCAUGUCCAAAAGUAAUAUAUGAUAUUUAGCAGAAGUGAACUAACAUUUAAACACAUUCAUACACAAAACACGGUCGCUGCUAUGAACUUGUAUUGCGAACAUCUCUGGUUGCAUCAUCGCUCUUUGUAACGCUAACGAAAUAAAACGUACCUUGAGUGAUCAUUCUCGUAUCUCAUAAUCAAUCAACAAUCAACAAUCAAUUUAAAAAAACGUUCACGUCGCGGUCGCGAUAUGAACGAGGACGCUGAGUCUGAUCAAGACUAGAGGCGCGAUGGUUAGGGGCAACUGACUCGCGCUCACCGGGCGGGAGAGAAGCCGAACGAACGAAGUGAGGUCAAUGACCUUGCUCGGCAACAAUACAACUCGAGGCAGCAGCUUCACAGCCAGACGGCCAGACGCCAGAGUGGUGCGUGCGGUGCGUUGCUCGUUUUGGCGCGCGAGACGUCUUGUUCGUACAGAACACAACAAACCUAGAUUUUUUUGCGUAAAUAUCUGCUGUCGUGUGAUAACCAAAGCCACAAAAAUGUCUGAACAGAAGUACAGGAGUCUGUACAAACAGUACAAAAGAAGGUAUUUGCAGAUGGCUUUUGAAAAUAAAAGAAUGGAGGCUGUCUUGCAAGGUUGUAGGAAUUUGCUGAAUGGCUCUUUUGAUCUUGGUAUUCAACGUCAACGUGUGAUGGUAUCAACUCCCAAAAGUUCUGAGUCAUUGCCACGAAAGCUGUGCUUCUCAAGUGUUGAUGAAACCAGUUCAGACAGUGAUAGUGCUAUACUUGAGAGCGGGGCAAAUAAAUGGGAAUGUCUCUCCGAUAAGGAUAAAGAUAGGCUGAACUAUAGUCGUUCCAAGAACACACCUCCUGCAGAACUGGACGAAACUUACUACGAGCCUGCAGAAAAAAAUAAAUGUGACAACACCAAUGAGAGAAGCGUUCGGAAAGAAGGUGCAACCACCAACACCCCCAAAAGGUCCAACACUCCUAAUAAGAAGUAUGAGACUAGGUCGAACACGGCCAAGACACCUCAGAAACUGGUUAAGAAGAAACCAAAAAAGAAAACACCAGAACAUGUAUGCAAGUGGCCACGAUGUGAAGAGCAUCAUAAGUUUCGUGUUUCAAGUAAGCGAGAAUUGGAAAAGUUGUCGCCCAAAAGUAGGAAAAUGGCAACAAGAGACAGAGUACCAUCACCAAAAAAUUAUUGGGAUUUGAACAUGCCCUCCACACAAGAAAUACGGUCCAGAAAUCAAGAACUUGAUUAAUGAAAAUGUCUACCUGUCAACAAUAGAUUUUGUGUGGUGUAUUAUAAUUUAUAUUUUCUCUCAGAAUUCACUAUUGUCUUUACGUACCUUUUACUGCUAAGUGUUAUUCCUGCUCAAUUUUUAAUUUUAACUUAAAAUUGUAACUUUUGAGUGUACUAGUGUUCAGGUCAUGUGUAUGAAUCUUAUAUUUUUAACUUGUUGAAAUUGUAGCUUCUGUUAUGAGAGUACUAUGUGUUCAAGUCCUGCAUGAAUUUUAUUUAUUUAAAUGUUGCUUCUUAGCUUAUUUGUAAUUUGACUUGAUCUUUAAUUUAAAUGUAUAGAUGCAUGAUUUAAUACAAUAUCCUUUAGUACUGGUGUAACUCCAGCGUUAUUGUUAGUUUUAUCUUGAUAUUGUAACAUUGUAACCUAUUAUCUGUUGAUUUACAAACUCAUUUUCCUUUAUUGUUUGGUUGCGCACACUUGUAAAAUAAAAUAAAACAACAGUUGAACACGUC